GGUUUGUAUUUUUAAUAUUUUUUUUAAUUUUUCAUGUAAUAAAAUAUACUAUGUUCGUUUAGGUUUGAUUAUUAAAAAUAUAUUAGUUGGUAAAUCAGAUGGUACACUUGAUAAAUCAUAUUUAGUUACAUGUAAUGAACUAGAAUCCACCAAUUAUGAAACUAAUUGUCAGUUUAUUAAUUCCUCGUUAAAAAUAUUUCCUGGUAUUGAACAAAAAGUAUUACUUUUUAUUAUCGAUGCUAGUACUUAUAUAAUCAAAGCAACAAAAACAUUAAAAAUAUUUUUCCUAAAAUUAAUUCAUAUUACAUGUAUGGCACACAUAGUUCUAGAGAAAAUUUGAUAGUUGUAUUCCGACAUUAAUAAAUAGAUUAACAAUGAUAAUAUAUCAAGUACCUAUUUAAAAUUUAAAUACAUAUGCAACUUAUUUCGAUAAUUUCAGGAAAAAAAAGUUUAAGAAUAAAUAAAUCCAGAAAAGAAAUGCCUGAUAUACCUUUACCACCCGAACCUAUUAUUACAAGAUGGGGAACAUGGUUAAAUACUGCACUUUUCUAUGCAAAUAAUUUUUUAGAGUAUAAAAACAUAGUUGAAAGUUUAAUGGAUGAUACUACAAGUAUCAAAAAUCUGAAAUAGCCUGUACAAAAUAAUGCAGUCAAAUGUCGUUUAGUGUUCAUAAAAUUACACUUAUCUGAGUUAUCCAUGAAUCUUAAAAAUUUGGAAGAAUCUAAUAGUGAACUACUGAAAAGCAUUGAUUUUAACAAAUAUACUACAUAUUAUUUCAAAAAUACAUGAAAAAAAAAUUAACAUUUAUCUAAUUUUUUU